AUGUCAGCAAAAGCCCCACCCAAGAACGCUCAACCGGCACCGGCCGACGUCCAGGCUCGGUAUACAAAAUACAAGAACGAGCUGACCGCGCUCGCACAGAAGAUGGGAGAACUCGAACAGGAAGGGGAGGAACACGACCUGGUACUAUCAACACUCACACCACUCUUAAAGACGGAACCGACGAGGAAAUGUUUUCGACUGAUAGGAGGCGUGCUGGUGGAGAGGACCGUGAGCGAGGUGGAGCCCGAUUUGAAGGGGAACUUGAUGGGGAUCCAGAACGCACUGGAACAACUCGUACAGACGUACAAGACGAAGGAAGACGAAUUUCAGCGGUUCCAAAAGGAUUUCAAUAUUCAGGCUCGGGAUGGGCGGCCGUGA